AUGGAUGAUGUUAUGGAUAUAGACGGCUCUAUGUAUGCUCAGGUGAAAAUACGAGCUACAUUCUAUCCGAAAUUCGAGAAUGAGAAGUCGGAUCAGGAGAUUAGGACUAGAAUGAUAGAGAUGGUGUCAAAAGGGCUGGCGACGUUGGAGGUUUCGCUUAAGCAUUCGGGGUCGCUUUUUAUGUAUGCUGGUAGUGAGGGUGGGGCGUACGCGAAGAAUAGUUUUGGGAAUAUAUAUACAGCUGUGGGUGUGUUUGUUCUUGGGAGGGUGUUUCGUGAGGCGUGGGGAUCUGAGGCAGAGAGAGUGCAAGCGGAGUUUAAUGAGUUUCUUGAGAGGAACCGUAUGUGCAUAUCGAUGGAGCUUGUCACUGCUGUUUUGGGAGACCACGGACAGCGUCCGAAAGAAGAUUUUGUUGUGGUCACGGCUGUCACAGAGUUGGGGAAUGGGAAGCCAAAGUUCUACUCGACUCCUGAGAUUAUUGCAUUCUGUCGGAAUUGGCGCUUGCCGACGAAUCAUGUAUGGCUGUUCUCAACAAGGAAAGCAGUUACGUCUUUUUUUGCUGCCUUUGAUGCCCUGUCCGAAGAAGGAACUGCAACAACUGUAUGCAGAGCCUUUGAUGAAGUUGCUGAUAUAUCUAUACCUGGUUCAAAAGACCAUGUCAAGGAGCAGGGUGAAAUUUUAGAGGGUAUUGUUGCUCGUAUUGUAAGCCAUGAGAGCUCAAAGCAUAUGGAGAAAGUAUUAAAGGGUAUCCCUCCUCCCCCAAUGGAAGGAGCUGGUCUUGAUUUGGGACCAAGCCUUAGGGAAAUCUGCGCUGCAAAUAGGUCUGAUGAAACACAGCAGAUAAAAGCACUUCUUAAGGGUGUUGGCUCCUCUUUUUGCCCUGACCAUUCAGACUGGCUUGGGACUGGAGCUGGUGAUGCACAUUCUAGGAAUGCAGAUCAGUCAGUUGUAUCAAAAUUUCUACAAUCUCAUCCUGCAGAUUUUUCUACCACCAAAUUGCAGGAAGUGGUUCGUUUGAUGAGAGAAAAGCGUUUACCUGCUGCCUUUAAAUGCUACCCGAACUACCACAAGCAUGAUUCCAUGUCCAGUGACAAUGUUUUCUAUAAAAUGGUCAUUCAUGUCCGUAGCGACUCUGCAUUUCAGCGUUAUCAGAAAGAAAUGAAGUCGAAGCCAGGACUGUGGCCUUUGUAUAGAGGUUUUUUUGUUGACUUUAAUUUGUUCAAAGCAAACAAGAAGAGAGCUGCUGAGAUUGCAAAAAACAAAAGCACUGUUGUGGACAAUGAUGGUGGAUGUAGUAUAUCAGGAAGACAUGGAUUGGCAGAAGAAGAUGCAAACUUAAUGAUCAAAUUGAAAUUUCUUACAUAUAAGCUGCGAACGUUUUUGAUCCGCAAUGGUUUACCAAUUCUAUUUAAACAAGGUCCAACUGCUUACAAAACCUAUUACUUGAGGCAAAUGAAAAUAUGGGGCACUUCAGCAGGAAAGCAGAGGGAACUCAGCAAGAUGCUUGAUGAAUGGGCUGUGUACAUCAAAAGGAAAUGCGGAAGCAAACAAUUGUCGUCAUCAGUGUACCUCAGUGAGGCUGAGCCUUUCCUUGAACAGUAUGCAAAACGCAGCCCACAUAAUCAAGCCCUUAUAGGAUCUGCUGGAAACUUAGUAAUGGCUGAAAACUUCAUGGCCAUAGUUGAGGGAGGUAGAGAUGAAGAGGGUGAUCUCGAGAAGGAGUCUGUACCAUCAAGCCCCAGUGCCUCAGUUGUGGACAGCAUGCCAAAGGCUGAGGGUCUGAUUGUAUUCUUUCCUGGACUACCUGGCUCAGCCAAGUCAGCACUAUGCAAGGAACUACUCAAAGCCCCGGGAGGAUUUGGGGAUGAUCGGCCAGUUCAGAGUCUAAUGGGUGAUCUUGUAAAAGGAAAAUACUGGCAGAAGGUCACCAAUGAGCGACGGAAAAAACCAUAUUCUAUAAUGCUUGCAGACAAGAAUGCACCGAAUGUAGAAGUGUGGAGACAGAUCGAAGACAUGUGCCACAGAACUAGGGCCAAUGCUGUACCUGUUAUCCCUGAUUCUGAAGGAACCGAAUCAAAUCCUUUUUCUCUUGAUGCAUUAGCUGUUUUCAUGUUUCGUGUGCUUCAACGUGCUAAUCAUCCGGGAAAUCUUGACAAGAAUUCUGCAAAUGCUGGUUAUGUUCUGCUAAUGUUCUAUCACCUUUAUGAGGGGAAGACCCGCAGAGAGUUUGAAUGUGAACUAGUUGAGCGUUUUCGUUCACUUGUCAAAAUACCACUGCUGACUUCAGAGCGGAAUCCAUUACCAGAUCCUGUGAAAUCAAUUCUUGAGGAUGGAAUAGAUUUAUACAAUCGUCACACUGGAAGACAUGGAAGAUUGGAGUCUAACAAGGGAGCCUACACAAAGGAGUGGGCUAAAUGGGAGAAACAGUUGCGAGAGAUUUUGUUUGGAAAUGCACAGUAUCUUAAUUCUAUUCAGGUUUCCUUUGAGUCUGCUCUUAAGGAAGUAUCAGAACAGCUAAGAAGGAUUGCAAGAGGUGAGUAUAAGACUCCAGAGUACAUGACUCCAGAUUCUGGGAAAAGGAAGAUCGCGGCCAUUACAUUUGCUGCCAUUACCCUGCCUGUUCUCGAUAUCAAAGCUUUGCUUGAUAAUUUGGCUGGGAAGCAUAGAAAAGCUGGAGCUUUCCUAAAAGACAAGAAUUUGGAGAACAGCAUUAAUAAGGCUCAUGUUACUCUUGCGCACAAGAGAAGUCAUGGUGUUACUGCCGUGGCUAAUUAUGGGACCUUUCUACACAAACAGGUCCCUGUGGAUAUAACUGCGCUAAUCUUCACGGAUAAACUGGCUGCCUUUGAAGCCUUCCCUGGCUCUGUUGAAGGUGAAAGAGUCAUCCCAAAAAAUGAGUGGCCUCAUGUUACCCUAUGGACUGCAGAGGGUGUUGGAGGCAAGGAGGCAAACUUAUUAAGCAAAUUGCAUCUAGAGGGCAAGGCUACCCGUGUUACGAUUGACCCACCUGCCACAAUUCAUGGGGCGCUGGAGUUUUACUGAUGUUUUGUUUGUUUUGGCUCAGUUCACAGAGUAGAUUUACUUUGACAUUGUAGUGGAAAAAGUUUCAUUUGAUCAUACUAAUGCAGGAUGAGAAAGGUGCUCAACCGCUAAGUAGAAGAUAUUUUUUGAGUUUGAGGUAGCUGUUGGAAACUGGAAGCCCCAGAAACUAAUGUACAGCACUUAAUGGCAAACUGAGUUCCUGCACCAG